AUGGAGUUAUGGCCGGCAAUUGGAAUUGACCUCGGGACAACAUACUCGUGUGUAGGAGUAUGGCAAGCUCAGCACGACCGUGUUGAGAUCAUCACCAAUGACUUGGGUAACCGUACGACGCCGUCUUGGGUGUCUUUCAAUCAAAACGAGCGUCUUAUUGGUGAGAGUGCUAAGAAUCAAGCGGCUAUGAAUCCAGCCAACACCAUCUUUGAUGCAAAGAGGCUUAUAGGUAGGAGAUUCAAAGAUGAAAAUGUGCAAAAAGACAUGAAGCUCUGGCCAUUCUUAGUUGUUGCUGCUCCUGAUGGUGCCAAUGACAAAAAGCCUAUGAUUUCGGUAACCUAUGAGGAUGAAGAGAGGCUAUUUGCUGCUGAGGAGAUAUCUUCUAUGAUCCUUGCAAAGAUGAAAGACAUUGCAGCAGCAUAUCUUGAUUCAGAAGUGAAGAAUGCUGUGAUCACCGUUCCUGCCUACUUCAACAAUGCUCAACGUCAGGCAACAAAAGAUGCGGGAAUCAUAGCUGGACUCAACGUCAUGUGCAUUCUUAACGAACCAACAGCUGCUGCCAUUGCUUAUGGUCUAAAAAAGAAGCUUAAUUGCAGUACUGAUGCUGAUUCAAGGAAUAUUUUGGUUUUUGAUCCUGGAGGUGGAACUUUUGAUGUGUCUAUAGUCGCGGUGAAGAAGGAUGUCUUUGAAGUCAGAGCAGUAUGCGGGGACUCCCACCUUGGUGGAGGAGACUUUGACAAUAGAAUGAUGGACCACCUUGUAACCGAGAUUAAAAUAAAGCAUGACAAGGAUAUAAGUGCAAAUCGUAGGGCUCUCGGGAGGUUGAGAGCUGCAUGUGAAAGGGCUAAGAGAAUCCUCUCUACAACUUCAGAGACUACUAUUGAUAUUGAUGGUCUCUUCGAGGGUAUGGAUUUCUCAUCAACCGUCAAUCAAGCAAGAUUUGAAAAAUUCAACAAGGAUUUGUUCAUGGAUUGUUUGGACCAUGUUGAAAAGUGUCUGAAGGAUGCAAAAUUGGAGAGGAGUGAUAUUGAUGAUGUAGUCCUUGUUGGUGGGUCUACUCGGAUCCCCAAAGUUCAGAAGUUGUUGCAGGAUUUUUUCAAAGGGAAGGAGCUCUGCAAAGGCAUUAACCCGGAUGAGGCUGUUGCGUAUGGUGCUGCUUAUCAUGCUGCCAUCUUGGCCGGUGUAGACAGUAGCAGUAAGAACACUGUUCUUGUGGAUGUUACUCCCUUAUCCCUUGAUAAUUUAUGGCCGGCAAUAGGAGUCGAUUUAGGGACAACUUACUCAUGUGUGGGAGUGUGGCAGCCACAGCAUGGUCGUGUUGAGAUCAUUCACAACCACUUAGGCAACCGUACCACGCCGUCUUGUGUAGCCUUUACCAAAGACCAGCGCCUUAUUGGUGAGAGUGCCAAGAACCAGGCUGCAUUUAACCCUACCAACACCGUCUUUGAUGCAAAGAGGCUUAUAGGUAGGAAAUUCAAUGAUAAAAUGGUACAGAAAGAUAUGAUCCACUGGCCAUUUAAAGUGGUUGCUGGCCCAGAUGCUGGCGAUUUCCAAAAGCCUAUGAUUUCAGUAACAUAUGAAGGUGAAGACAGGACAUUUGCUCCCGAGGAGAUAUCUUCUAUGGUCCUAGCGAAAAUGAAGGAGACUGCAGAGGCCUACCUAGGCUCAGAAGUGAAAUAUGCUGUGAUCACCGUUCCUGCUUACUUUAAUGAUGCUCAACGCCAGGCAACUAAAGAUGCUGGUACCAUUGCUGGGCUCAAUGUCAUGCGUAUUAUUAACGAGCCAACAGCUGCUGCCAUUGCAUAUGGUCUAGACAAGAAGAUUAAUAGCGGUUGUGUUGGGACGAAAAAGAUUUUGGUUUUUGAUCUAGGAGGUGGAACUUUUGAUGUCUCUUUAGUGGCUAUUAAGAAGGAUGUGUUUGAAGUAAAGGCAGUAAACGGGGACACCCACCUUGGUGGUGGAGACUUUGACAUUAGAAUUGUGAGCCACUUUGUCACCGAGUUUAAAAAGAAACACAAUAAAGACAUAAGUGGUAAUCCAAGGGCUCUUGAGAGGUUAAGAGCUGCUUGUGAGAGGGCAAAGAGAAACCUCUCUUCAACUACUGAGACUACUAUAGAAAUUGAUUGUCUAUUUGAAGGCAUCGAUUUUUUUUCUACCCUGAAUCGUGCACGGUUUGAUAAGAUAAAUAUGAAGUUGUUCAUGAAUUGUUUGGGCCCUGUUGAGGAGUGUUUGAAGGAUGCAAAGCUGAAGAAGGAUGAUGUGCAUGAUGUUGUUUUAGUUGGCGGGUCAACUCGGAUCCCUAAGGUGCAGACCAUGUUGCAAGAAUUUUUCAAUGGGAGAGAGCUCUGCAAAGGCAUUAAUCCUGAUGAGGCUGUUGCCUAUGGUGCUGCUUUUUUUGCUGCUGUCAUGGCCGGUGUCGAUUGCAGCAGUAAAAACACCGUGCUUGUGGAUGUUACUCCCUUAUCUCUUGGUAUUAAGGUUAAUAGUGGUGAGUUGGAAGUUGUGAUUCCUCGAAACACACCAAUACCUGCAAAGAUGGAGAAAAGGUUUACCACUAAGAAAGACAAUCAGUCGAGCGUAUAUAUAGGUGUUUACGAGGGUGAGAGACCCAUUGCAAAGGAUAACAACUUCUUGGGCAGCUUUGUACUUGAUGGCAUCCUUCCAGCACCGGCGAAUGUUCCAAUUAUAAUGGGAUCCUUGAGCAUAGAUGAGAAUGGAAUCUUGACUGUGACAGCAGAAGAUAAAAACAAUGGAAACAAGAAUCAGUUAACCAUUACCAAUCACAGUAUAAGGUUACCGGAGGAGAUUGAUAGGAUGGUGGAAGAGGCAAUAAAAUUCAAAGCUCAGGAUGAGAAGCUCAAGGAAGCAGCCAUUGCCAAGAACAACUUAGAAGUUUAUGUUGACAAGAUGACGAGCACCAUGAAAAGCUGUAGAAGAAAGAUUGGGAUAAAGAACAAGAAGCAGCUUGGUGAUGCAAUUGAGAAGACUACCCAAUGGCUAAAUUUGAAUUACCUGCUUCCGGAGGCCUGUAAGUUUGAGGAAAAAUUGAAUGAGCUUGAGAGAAUUUGUGAGCCUAUCUUGGAAAAGAUGUUGUGAAAGGCAGUAACAUUGCCUAGAUUCAGU